AUGGGGCCGAGCCGCUCUCGGGACCUCCAGGAAGAGGAGGGUCCCCGCUCCCGCCGUCACACGGGGAGGGGACGCGGAUUUCGGGCUAAUCCCGACCCCGCAUCCGCUUCCCGCGGGCGGGCACCGAGCCCGAACCGCCCCAAAUCCCGGGAAAAGGGGCCGGGGGACGAGGAGGCCGCGGCAAGGGGGUGCCCGGGGCUCGGGGGAUGCUCCCGGGGCUGAGGUGGGGACACCCGGUCCCCCCCAGGCGCGGGGAACGAGAACAGGAUCCUGCAGCAGGAGCUGUCCCGCGUCGAGGACCUGCUGGCCCAGAGCCGGGCCGAGCGCGAUGAGCUGGCCAUCAAGUACAACGCCCUCAGCGAGCGGCUGGAGCAGAGCCUGCGGCUGGAGCCGGAGGAAGCAGCCGAGAGCCGGAGCCUGGCCCAGCACAACAUCGAGCUCCGGAGGCUGCUGGAGGAGGAGCAGGCUGCCUACAAGAGGAAGCUCCAGGCCUACCAGGAGGGCCAGCAGCGCCAGGCCCAGCUGGUGCAGAAGCUCCAAGCCAAGGUGUUGCAGUACAAGAAGAAAUGUGGGGAAGUGGAGCAGCAGCUGCUGGAGAAGGCCACGGAGCUGGAGCAGGAGAGGCUGACGAUCCAGCUGGAUGCCAGCGGCUCCCAGCCCGAGGAGGAGAGCAGCAACGAGCUGGAGAAUGCCCUGAUCCGGCUGGAGGAGGAGCAGCAGAGGAGCAGCAGCCUGGUGCAGGUGAACUCGAUGCUGCGGGAGCAGCUGGAACAGGCCAACGUGGCCAACGCGGCGCUGAGCGAGGACAUCCGGAAGCUCACGGCGGACUGGGCGCGGGCCCGGGACGAGCUGGAGCAGCGGGAGGCGGAGUGGAGGCGGGAGGAGGAGUCCUUCAACACCUACUUCAGCAACGAGCACAGCCGGCUCCUGACCCUCUGGCGGCAGCUGGUGGCCUUCAGGCGCCACUUCGGGGAGAUGAAGGCCACCACCGAGAGGGACCUGUCGGAGCUGGGCCACGAGGUGUCGCGGACGGGCCGCGCCGCCCACGCCGCCUGCCUGCACCUGGCCGCCAACCUGCGGCUAGCCGAGAGCCAGGCGGGCGCGGCCCGCGAGCGGCAGGAGCUGCGCCUGGAGCAGCUGCAGGAGCAGCUGGCGGCGCGGGCACGGGACGCGGAGCUGGAGAAAACCACCCUGGCAGCCAGGCUGGCGGAGCUGACAGCGGCCCUGGAGCGGCGCCGGAGCGAGGACGAGGAGAAGGAGCGGGCGGUGGAAGCACUGACCCUGCAGCUGCGGGAGCUGGAGGCCGCGCGCGCCCGGGAGCCGACGCCAGAGCAGGUGCAGGCUCUGCGCUCCGAGCUGGAGCUGCUGCGCCGGACGCUGCACGAGAUCACCCAGGCGGUGCUGGCAGACGACCCUGAGCUCCCCGCGCCCGCCGUGUCCCUCCCAUGUCCCCCUGUGUCCCCUCCGUGUCCCGCCGUGUCCCCUCUCCGCAGCCUCUCUGCCAGCGCCGCUGCCGCCGCCGUCCACGCGGCCCUGAGCCGGCGCCAGCUCCAGCUGCAGGAGGCCCGGAGCCAGGUAGAGGCGGGUCGGGAGGUGGCCGGGAGCCUGCGGCGGGAGCUGGGAAUGCUGGAGCAGCGGUUGGAGCAGCUGGGAGCCGAGGCCGGGAGCUGCCGGCGGGCGCAGGAGGAGGCCCAGCGGGAGGGACUUCAGCUGCGGGCCCAGGCCGAGGGGCUGCGCAGGGAGCUGUGCCACGCGGAGGCGGCGCUGGCGGAGGAGCAGCAGCGGGCGGGGGCCCUGCAGCAGGAGCGGGAGCAGCUGCGGCGCCGCAGCGAGGGCCUGCAGGACUCCCGGGACCAGGCUGCCCGCGAUGCCCAGGCUGCCCACGAGCAGCUGGAGCACAGCCAGCAGCAGGUGCAGGAGCUGGAGGCGCAGCGGGCGCGGGCGCAGCAGGAGCUGCUGGAGGUGCGGGAGGAGCUGAGCCGGGCGCUGCUGGAGGCGGAGCUGGCCCGGGGCGAGCAGGAGGCGCUGGCAGAGGCCCUGGGCAAGGCGCAGGGCAGCUGCGGGGAGCUGGCGGAGGCCCGGCGGGCGGCGGAGGCGGAGGAGUCGCGGCUGCGGGACGCGCUGGCCAAGACCAGCGAGCUGGCGGCCGGGCUGGCCCGGGACAAGGCGGAGCUGGGCCGGCGGCUGGAGCGGCUGGAGCAGGAGCGGGAGCGGGGCCGGCUGCGCAGCCGGGAGCUGUGCCGGGAGCUGGCGCUGCUGCGGGCACGGCUGGAGAGCGGCCCCUGCCCCGGCAGCGAGCGGCGGGGCCUGGAGCAGCCCCGGGGCGACCCCCGGGACGACGGGCGGGGGCUGCGGGAGGAGCUGCGGGAGCUGCGCGGGCUCCACGAGCGGCUGCGCCACAGCCUGGGCCAGGCCGUGCAGGAGCAGAGCGCGGCGGGCCAGGCGCUGGCGCGGGCGCGGGCGGAGCAGGAGCGGCUCCGGGCGGAGCAGGAGCGGCUGGGCCGGACCCAGGCGGCGCUGGCCCAGGACGGGGCCGGACUGGCCGUGCAGCUCGCGGCUGCCCAGCGCCAGGAGCGGCACCGCGACCGCGAGGCCGCCGGGCUCAGGUCAGAGAAGGAGGGGCUGGAGAGCACCGUGUUCCACCUGCAGCAGGAGCUGGCCCAGCUCCAGGCCCGCAAUCAGCAGCUGGAGGCCCAAGGCCGGACGCUGGCCCAGGCCAAGGAGGCGCUGGAGGCGGAGCUGGGCGUGGCGCGGCGGGAGCGGGCGCAGGAGCUGCGGGAGCGGCGCCAGGCGGUGGCGGUGGCGGAGGCGGCCGCGGUGACAGCGGCGCUGCAGAGCGCCCGCGACGCCCACCGGGAGCAGCUCGAGCAGCUCCAGCGAGAGAAGGUGCGCACAGGGGUGAUUAUUGGGGAAUGA